AUGGCACUAUACGGUCUGGUUUUUGUUUCAAUUGGUGUGGGUGGUAUAAAAUGCUGUAUUGCAGCAUUUGGAGUGGAUCAGCUCAUUGGAAAUGAUCAGAAUGUAACCUCAACACAAGUACAUGUAUUCUUCAGCACGUUCUACUUUUCCAUACACUUAGGCGUGUUCUUCGGAAUGAUUACUUCGCCAAUCAUCAAUAAAAUUCUGUUGUACAGUGGCCACAAUGUCAACGAAUAUGUUAUCAGAUUUGGAAUGGUGGUUAUCACGAUGGCAAUCUCAAUAAGUGUAUUUGUUUGCGGAACCCCAUAUUACUUAUUCAGAAAAUCGUUACCUAAUAUUCUACCAAAAAUGAUAAAAUGUAUUUUGUUCUCUCUGUGGAAACAAUUAACAUCACCCUGCAAGGAGACAAAAAAUGAACAUUGGUUAGAAAUGGGAAAAACUUCUUUUCCAAACGAUAUCAUAAAUGACACGAAGAAAACUUUACACAUGCUCUGUCUUUACAUACCUUUGUCAAUAUUUUGGAGUUUAUUCGAUCAACAACACACAACUUGGAUUUUUCAAGCAUCGCGGACAAGCGACCAUUUGUUUGGUCUACCAUUUUCAGUGUACAUGCUACAAGUGAUAAAUCCCUUGCUCGUGCUAUUUACUAUUCCAUUUAUGGACCGUAUAGUUUACCCUUAUUUGAAGAGUCAUAAACUGUUUAAGUUUCCUCUAAAACGAAUGCUGCUUGGUGGUAGUAUAGCUGGUAUAGCGUUUAUUUUUGCAGGAUGCCUCGAAAUGUGUUUAGAGGUGUGUGAAUUACGUACAUAG